GUUUUCUGUUCUUGGAAGUUUGCAAGCAGUUCUAGCUUAGCGGCGUUGGGAAAAGUUGCUGUCACGGUCGUUUUGGGCCAUUUAGGCAGUUUAAAACUGAUACUGAACAUUGUAUGUUCUUGUACUACCUUCACAGAAAGUGUUUAGUUAAAUACGUUUAGAGCAUUUAUGUAGUUUUUAUGGAACAACCGCGCAAAAAGUGCAGCGUCAGCAGGUGUUUUUCUGUAAUAGGCUGUUCAGCAGCAUUUGAUACAUUCCCACAUUUUGAUUACAAUAUACAUAGACUGACAUACAGAAGUAACAGGACAGCUCUAUUACAAGCAGAGCUUUUAUUAGAGAUAGUGGAGUCGGAACUAUACACAUCAUAUAACUUGCCGGUUGAGUUCCGCCAAUCUUGCCUAAGAAAGUAUAGCAGGCGCCGUCCAAUACACGAAACUCUAUCUUGUCCACGUCUGCUUUCGUUGCGGGGCGAAACUGAAUGCAAGUAGCAGAACUAAACAACCUCAUUGAACUACAAUCACAAAGCAUAAAAGCCAGAGCAGGGACAAGCACACGUUACAUUAGUAGAUGGACUCAAGAACCAGUUUCAUCUGGUUUUUACCGGAUCCCGUACGAAUUUCACAAGCGGUUACUCGGCAACCCUGUCUUGAUAAAAGGAAUUCUCCGUACUUUAAAACUUUUCAACUCUGCGACAUGUUUGCGUUUUGAACCUGCACAACCAAACGACAAAAAUACGAUGAAAUUUUUAUUUGGUUCGUGUGCUACGUACUUAGGAAGAAAUAACCCACCGUUUAAUGAGUUAUUCGUUGGGUUAGACGACUGUUUCUCAGUUGGAAAGAUUUCCCGUGUUUUAAUGUUUUCUCUCGGUAUGUACUACGAAAUUGGGAGAUCCGACAGAGACAAAUACGUAAAAUUUGUGGCUGGAACCUAUGGGACAAACGGGUACCGCAAUUUUCAGCAAUUGUUUUCAUACGUAUGGGAAUCAUAUAAUUCACCAUACGACUUCAAAUCCAUCAUGCAUUUUGACGGCUAUGAGUUUUCUACUCGUGGUUCUGCAACAAUUCGUGUUAAGUCUACGGACAAACCUGUACAAGCACAAUCCAUCGGUCCUUCAAUAGAAGACUUAAAACAGAUACGAGCAAUGUACGGAUGCACGAAGCGUGGCUUGAACGAAACUACGACAUGUUAUCACACAUCUGACCAUGGAUACAGUUACAGGGGUAGGGUUAACACUACCAUAGGAAACCUGACGUGCCAGAGGUGGAAUUCAAGCUUUCCUAAUAAUCAUUACUUUUCUCCGUCAGAUAUUACUGCCGCUGGCUUAGAGGACAAUUAUUGUAGAAACCCAGAUAUGUCGGACAUGCCAUGGUGUUACGUAACGAACAGUAAUAAGAUAUGGGAAUAUUGCAACAUCACUGCAUGCCCACCAAACGCUGAAGUCCCAAUUCUGCCAACGCCUACUCCACCCCAAAACAUUAUUGGUUUCUGGCUCCCCUGGUCGUCAUGGAAACCAUGCAGUAACUGUGACCGUGGAUUUACAUACCGAACUCGGUCAUGUGUUGGAAACACACCAGGUUCCUUGGGAUGUCCAGGAAUACAAUGGCAAUCUGAACCUUGCUAUGAAGAUUGCCCUAUACGAGAGCGUCAAUGGUCUCCUUGGGGAGCAUGGAGUGCAUGCGACAAAUCUUGUGGUCCAGGUACUCACUCAAGAGUAAGGUAUUGCCAAGAAGGCGGGUGCAAGGGGAAGGUAUUCAACUCGGGACCCUGUGAGGCCCAAGCAUGUCCAUUAUAUUCAGACGGCGGUUGCUUUAAGGUCAGCGAGCCUGGUAGUUAUCGUGGCAACAGAAACGUAACGACAUCGGGUGAACCGUGCAAACAUUGGAACCAGACUUCGUAUAGAAACAAUACAAAUUUUCCAAACCUGAACAACAAUUAUUGUCGGAAUCCAAACCGAUCAAGCGUCCCCUGGUGUUUUUCUGCACUCACGAAUCGAAGUGAAACUUGCAACGUUAGCAUAUGUAAUACGGCGGCAACUUGGAGCGACUGGGCACCCUGGUCCGCAUGUAGUAAAUCAUGCGGUGGAGGUUUACAGUUUAAAUCCAAGUAUUGUGUCGCGGGUACUUGGGGACAAGGAAACUGCAAAGGGCCAUUUCUCAGUGCAAGACAAUGCAACGGACACAUAUGCGAUUACUCCGGAGGACCUCCCCCUCUUCCACUUAACUUUAUUCCUAACCUUAGUUUUGUGAACGACACUGGAUGCGUUGACCCAAAAAAACCUCAAACCUAUAGAGGCAUAGCCCGUACCACUGUAUCGGGGAAGACAUGUCAGUUUUGGAUGUCGCAAUACCCAAACAAGAUCGCUUACCCGGGAGCUUUGAAGGUUCGGUUACAGGGCUUGAGGGAAAACUACUGUCGUUCUACAAGCUCCAAUAUGUGGCCUGGGUGUUAUCCAGCAUCGUUUGGAGACAAAUGGGAACCUUGUGCUAUCCCUUUGUGUUCUCUAGGUGCUGCUAGAAUUGAAGAACCAGAUUGUUACUACGCUCGUGACCGUAUGUCGUAUCUUGGUACAGUAAACGUUACACGAAAAGGAGUUGCUUGUCAGAGAUGGGAUACAUUUACACCUCAUAUGCAUAAGUACAUCGUACCUUUAUACCGGUACCUAGGCGCCCACAAUUACUGCCGUAACCCAGAUUUAGAUGCACGAGGUCCAUGGUGUUUUACAAUGGACCACCACAGAAGAAAAGAUUAUUGCAAAGUACCCAGAUGUUAAUAUUACAGUAUCGUAUUCAAAUUUUCUGUACAGCAAAAACGCAGACGCAGUUGUUAUUUUAAACUUUUGUAAGUUCUUAAGUGUUAUAUUGAAUAGCAGAAAUUGGACAGCGGUCUGUUUUACUAAUUUUUAAAACAAGUAUCAUGCUAUACUUUCGUUUUUAUAAAAAAUGUGAUCUUGUCAAAUCGCAUGCGCCUAUAGUUAUAGCACUGUUUAAAAAGAUUUCUUUAUUCCAGUUUCAGAACUGCUGUAUGUAUACAAUCGGUGCAGUUUUAUAAUCCCUAAAAAAAUAUUACAGUCUGCAGACUGCAGUCUUAUGUUACUAGUACGAAUAGUUAUCGUACAAAUGUGAAAUAUAAAUUAACUUAUAUAGUAAAA